CAUGUCAGCAAACGAAUGCAAGAUUGAACAUGGAACCAAAACUGCAGAAGAAUUCCCAGGUAUAUAAUACAUUUUAUUUUUUUAAAAGACACUGUCAGAUCUGCAAUUUCUAUGUCAUAGAUUGACAUGUUAACUGCACUGUUAAAAUAAUUAAAACUCAAUCUAUAUUUUGAAUUAAGAUAAGGAAUCUUUAUAUUAUGUAAAACAAAAUGCAUUAUUUUUUUCAGGCAUUUAUUCUAACACAUGCGACUCAUCUUCAUCAACUUUUGAAACAGGUGAGUUACAAUUCUUAAAAGUUACAUAGUUAGAUAGUUACAUAGUUACAUAGCUGAAAAGAGACUUGCGUCCAUCAAGUUCAGCCUACCUCACAUUUGUUUUUUGCUGUUGAUCCAAAAGAAGGCAAAAAAACCCAGUUUGAAGCACAAUUUUGCAACAAACUAGGAAAAAAAUUCCUUCUUGACCCCAGAAUGGCAGUCAGAUUUAUCCUUUGAUCAAGCAGUUAUUACCCUACAUUGAAAGAUUAUAUCCUUGAAUAUUCUGUUCUUGCAAGUAUGCAUCUAGUAGCCGUUUGAACAUCUGUAUGGACUCUGAUAAAACCACUUCCUCAGGCAGAGAAUUCCACAUCCUGAUUGUUCUUACAGUUAAAAAACCUUUCCUUUGCCUUAGACAAAAUCUUCUUUCUUCCAGUCUAAACUCAUGAGUUGGUUUCAAUCACAUACUAUAGACUGUAAUUAAGAAAAAUUAUAACCUGUAUAACCAUACACAUAUGGCUGAAGGUUCUACUGUACUUUAAUACUUUGAUAGAGUUUGGUACUUUAGUGUUGGUAAUCACUUCUCAUAUAAAACUCAUUAUUGAAAGCAUUUAGAAUUAUUUUUUAACAAUAAAAUUAUCAGAAAUAUUAUCUGUAAUAUUUUUUUCUGAUUUAAAAAGUAUAAUGCUUGGCCUUAUUUCUUUGAAGUCUACUCAAAAAAACACACAUGUAUAUAUUGUUUUCUUUAUUAAGUAUAUAGUUCAUACAUAUAGAUAAUUUUUUUACUGCUCCUCCUUUUUUACUCUCUACUGGUCACUCAUCACUUGAUCUGUGAAUAAAAUCAACAUUUAGCUCCACCACAGUUUGGUUCCACAGGCAGAACUCUGAAUCAUUAAACAAACAAAACAGUUUGUCAAUUCUCAAUGUUGUUCAUUUAAUGAUUCAUCCAUAUGCCACCUCAGAGUUUAUGAAGUUUGGACAUGUUGCCAAUUGCCCAAAAAUUAGGCGAAUUACAAUUUUACAAGUCUACUUCAGACCAUAAACAUUCAUACCAAUAAGCUUUGGCACAACUGAGUCUUUCUUUUUUAGUGGUAAUUUAGGACUUUUUUGCAAGCUGACACUAUAACAACAGCCAGUAACACGUAAAGGCUACAAAUUACAACCAGGUUUACAACAUUGUUGCUACAUUUUUGUAGCGUAUCAUUAAUAAACAACUUCCACUACAGAUAUCCACCACUGGACAGAAACACACACUUGAGUAUGUGCACUACAUGGCAGUUAAAUAUAUUGCUGAGCGUUUCACUCUGAUGGCUGUGUGUGGUAUGCAUUAAAUGCAAAGUUUAGCAAACCAUUUCCGUUACAUGUUUUAAAUGAUCAAUGCUAUAUACAUUUAGGAAGACAUACUAAAUUAAAAUGCUGUUAUGAGCUUGCAGACGAUCUAUAAUUUAUGCUGUUUUGUAACAGAUGAGAGACUAAACACAGUGUCCUUUGAAGUUUUUGGAUUAAGAUGUCUGGUUAUCAAAGGGAUAAUAUUUAACAUAAUAUCAACUCAAAGAAUUUGGUCUGGAUAAGGUAAGCAGAAUUUCUUCAAACAUCACAGUAUGUCUUUUUAAAAUUUUUUGUAAAAAUGAAAAUCCAGCGCACUCGCUUAUCUACUAAACAGUCAUUUUAGUGCUGAACAAUUUUUAGUUUUAUUAAAAACACCAAAUCUAGGCAAAAAAUUAUGGGGGUUUAGUUACAGUAUAUGAUCAUACAUUGCAUAAGCCUGCCACAACGCCAAUGUUUUAAAAAAUAUUAUCACAAUCUCACACUAGUUUACCAGGGCUGGACUAAAAGUCCAUUUGGCCAAAUGCUGAAAAUUAUGAUGGGCCUAAUUACAGAAUUUUAGUGACAGAAAACACUACAGUUUCACAGUUGUGCUCACACAUUUGCAUACCCUGGCAGAAAAUGUGAAAUGUGGCAUUGAUUUUGAAAAUAUGACUGGACAUGCAAAACAAAAUAAUCUUUUAUUAAAGGAUAGUGACCAUAUGAAGCCAUUUUUUAUCACAUAGUUUUUUAAAUCAUAAUGAUAAAAGAAAUCACCCAAAUGGUCCUGAUCAAAAGUUUACAUACCCUUGAAUGUUUGACCUUGUUACAGACACACAAGGUGACACUCAGAGGUAAAAUGUAAAUUAAAGGUCAAUUUCCCAAUCAUGUGACUUUUUAAAUUGCAUUCUGUGUCUGUGUAUAAAUAGUCAAUGAGUUUGUUAGCUCUCACAUGGAUGCACUGAGCAGGCUAGAUACUGAGCCAGGGGGAGCAGAAAAGAUCUGUCAAAAGACCUGUGUAACAAGGUAAUGGAACUGUAUAAAGAUGGAAAAGGAUAUAAAAGUACUGUUCAAUGACUUAUUAAGAAGUGGAAUAUUCAGGCAUCUCUUGAUACCAAGCCAAGGUCAGGUAGACCAAGAAAGAUUUCAGCCACGACUGCCAGAACAAUUGUUCGAGAUACAAAGAGAUACAAAGAAAAAUCCACAGGUAACCUUAGGAGAAAAUACAGGAUGUUCUGGAAAAAGAUGGUGUGGUCAUUUCAAGGAGCACAGUACGACGAUACUUGAGCAAAAAAAAGCUGCAUGGUCAAAUUGCGCCAAUGCCACAAAAAAGUCUAGUUAUAAUAUGCCCGACAACACCUUGACACACAGCUUUUGUCACACUGUAAUUUGGAGUGAUGAACCCAAAAUAGAUCUUUAUGGUCACCACCAUAAGCGCUAUGUUUGGAGAGGGGUCAACAAGGCCUAUAGUAAAAAGAAUACCAUUCCCACUGCGAAGCAUGGUGGUGGCUCACUCAUGUUUUGGGGGGUGGUGAGCUCUGAAGGCAUGGGGAAUCUUGUAAAAAUUAAUGGCAAGAUGAAUGCAGCAUGCUUUCAGAAAAUACUGGCAGAAAAUUUGCAUUCUUAUGCACAAAGUCUGUGCAUGGGACGCUCUUGGACUUUCUAGCAUGACAAUGACCCAAAUCACGAGGCCAAGUUGACUCUCCAGUUGUUAUGGCAGAAAAAUGUGAAGGUUCUGGAUGGCCAUCACAGUCUCCUGACCUUUAUAUCAUAGAGCCACUCUGGGGAGAUCUCAAACGUGCGGUUCAUGCAAGACUUUGCAUGACCUGGAGGCAUUUUGCCAAGAUGAAUGGGCAGCGAUACCACCUGCAAGAAUUAGGGGGUCUCAUAGACAACUAUUACAAAAGACUGCAUGCUAUAAUUGAUCCAUAAGGGGGAAAUACACAGUAUUAAGACCUAAGGGUAUGCAGACUUUUGAAAAUAAUUUUUUUUCUUUGUUGCCAUGUUUUUUUUUUUUUUUUAUAAAUUGUGCCAUUCUGUUGUAACCUACAACUGAAUAUGAAUCUCAUAAGAAAUAAAAUAAAUGUGUUUUGCCUGCUCACUCAUGUUUUCUUUAAGAAUUGUACAUUUAUUACCAAUUCUUCAAGGGUAUGCAAACUUUUGAGCACAACUGUACCUCCCAAGUAUCAUGUAUCUGGUGGAGGUGGUGCUAGAGAAAACUCACACAAUGCAGUUCUAAGAAUACACAUACCUUAUGCUAGUCUCUGCCAUACAGUUCCCGUAUGCCCCAAAGCACUUACUUGUCCACUAAUCUUUUUCCCUUCUUACUAGCAGGCAAAAGCUCCUGCUAUGCAGCCUGUUACAGAGAAAAAGGUGGAUGUAGUGAUUGUAGAAUUAUGGGGACAUGCCACACUGUUAAAUAAGAAAGAGAAUUGCACAGUAUACAAAGUCAACUUUAUCUUAAUUCAUUUAUAGUCUGCUAAUACACACACAUUUAAAACUCACUAUUAACCACCUUUUUCUCUGUCCAUUACAUUCCUCCUAAGUUCCCAUACUUAAUUCCCUCUUCACAAAGCAAGAGCUUGUGAAGAGUAGCAAAUAAAAAAAAAAAUAAUCAACGGGCCUAUUCCAUGCUUUAGCAAUUUUGUAGUUGUACCCACAAAAAACAUUGGGGCACUCAUGUGCUGAAUCCAGUGGAGUGUUCUUUUAAACAGAUUACUUGACUAGAAUGACCUAAGAAUCUUGAAAUACAUUCAUCCAAUACUAGUGGUCAAGUAGUGCGUGUGGUCCUGAGAGGUCCUGCAUGGCAAUUGCUGUUUUAAAAAUGUAAAGUCUUACAAUAUAGCAAAGAAGAAUUUGCAUUCAUUAACAUCAAGUAGUCAUUCUUCUACAUUAUAUUAACUGUACUUUCAUUUUUCUCUUUUGACAGAUAAUUUGGGAGCUUUAAAAACAAAAUGGAAAAAAAGAAGAUUUUUAUUUUUUGCAGAUCUUAUUUUAGUGUCUUUUGUAUAUAACUAAUAAAACAACUGUGUUUUCUGAGAUACAUAUUUUGUACGUCACACGGCAAGCCUGCAAUUUUUCUGUUAAACUUUUCUAAGAACACUCUGUUAUGUCCAAGUAUUGUAGUUAAAAUAAAAUAAUGUAUUUAACUAUCAUAUAAUCAACCUCUGUAGCCAUUGUGUAUUUCUACUCCCAUACUCAAGCAGGUGUUAAAGAUGGAAUUACAGAAAAAAAUAAUUUAUUCAUGAUGAUGUCACUGUUUAUAAUGGUACAUGCUUUCAACCACAGGAUAUAGUCCAAGUUUCCAGCAUUAACAGGAGCAUACAAGAUGUCAUAAGAAUUGUGAAUGUUAUCAAUAAAAUUAUAU